AUGCCAUACUGGCAUGAGAAGGCUAUCAGACACUAUGAUAGUGCUGUCAGCGGACUGAGUCAAGCUCUGCAAGAUAGGUCACAGACCAACGACAAGUGGAAGAGAGAAACAGUCUUGCUAUUGCAUCUGUUCGAGGGCUUCCAGUCUAAGGACGAAGAAUCUACACUUGGAAAGGCUCAUCUACGUGGAGCGCACGAGCUCUUCAUUCCGACCGUCAAGGACCAGUCCCCCAUGAGCUACCAUGACGUUUUGGUGCUGGAAGCUUAUAUCAUGCAUACUGCCAACAAUCACCUCUUCCAACCUGACUCACAACUACCAAUCACACAUAUCACUGAGGCACUUGGAACACUUACAUCGGCUCUAAAUCAGCUGAAGAUGGAUUGCGAUUGGCGUAGCAGCCCUUGGAUCGGAUUUGGCGGCCCGGAGCUAGCGGAUAUGACUUACAGAGUUUCAUGGCUCGCCCAUAAGCCAUCCUUAGACGACAAAGAUCAAGAAGAAGUGGAGAAGAUCAUUGCUCGUCUUUCAUCAUGGACCGCUCCAGCAUGUCGGGAAGAAUCGCUGUCGACACAACUUGACUUGCCACCGAGGCGCCUGGUGUUACUUGCUCAAGCUUAUUGGUGUGCAUGUUCGUACCUCACAACACAUCUUGCGCAAGAACAAAGCUGUAUCCUACCCUUCGACGCUGACGCUUUCGUCACUGAGAUUCUACAACUUUUAGACCAGCUCAUCGAGCACGAACACACAAUCAACAAUCACUUAUGGCCGUUGGUUGUCAUCGGCACAGCGGCAACAGAUCUAGCAACACAAGAGCAUAUCAAAUCGCUUCUGCCGCAGUUUCAUCAAGGCCUGGGUCCAGCGUCUCUGAGAAGAGCCGAACGUUUUUUGACAGUCGCUUGGAAGACUGACUCGCAAGGCAUCAUGUAUGGCAGGAAAAUUUUCAAGAACAGAGAAGCAUUGUAUCAGAUGUUCUUCUGA